AUGUCAUUUUUCUCGAGUCUUUUCCGGUGCCUAUGUUUGUGCGUAGUGAUUGAGAAAGGAUCCUGGACCCCAAACACGAAAGAAAAUACUAACAAACACCAGAAAAAAGUACUCAAGAAACGUUUCCACAAGUUAGACGCCAAAAGACGAGACAAAUCAAGGAAACCAGAGUGGUUGAAAGAGUGGACUAUAAGUAGAGGAUGGGUCCAUAACAAGAGCCAUCUGCUGGAAUUGGGAACAUCAAAUCCGGUGGCAAUGAAUGGAAAAACAUAUGAGGAGCUGUCAGAUGAUAGCUCAGUAUCACUCGAGAAUGUCGAGGAUCUGAUAUCCAUUAGGAGCAAUAACUACGAUUUCAGAGAAGAAUCCAGAAAUGCCAAUGACGAUGAAACUUCUGAUGACGCUAGCAGUGUUGAGGUCCAAAUCAAUAGAUCAAGUUUGCAGAAUGUCUCGAAAAUCUACCAUCAAAUGACUGAGAACUAUAGGGAACAUUUUCCUGAAUCUUCAAGAAGUGCUACCGACUUCAAAGAUGCUAGUUUACCCGAAGUUUACAAGGAACGAUUAUUGUUCAAUGAGGAAAGAAGCAAGUGUGGUGGUCUUGGAGGGUUUUGGAACUAUGUGAAACCUAAAAGCAAAAAGAAAGUCAGCUUGAACGAUUGCAAAUUCACUGUUAAUCGACUCUAUGAUGAUUCGACUAAUAAACAUUCUCAAACAUCUGUUGUGGAGAAGUAUACAAAGAGAAAUAGUCUAGGUAGAAAUAUAGCACUCUAUAAUACCUUGAAUGCGAAAACAAACCUUCAUGAAGAACCUAUUUACGAGUGCUCUGAAGAAACCAGCAAUUACAAUUCCUUGAAUAACGUUUAUUUCAAUCCUGCUUAUGUGCCAUUCGAGAACCCUAAAAAAAUCAGUUCAAACGACAACCAAAUGUGUGUUUUGAAUAGACUCAACGGGUACCAUGAAGACAGAAUUAAUUUUAGACACAACUAUCAGAAUUCAGCAAUGAAAAUGCGGAAUGAAAAGUACGUUAUAAGACAUAUUAGAGUAAGGAUAAUGUUAUCUCUAAGGGUAGGAAAAAUUCAAAGAGUUAAGAAGAAACCCAAAAUGAAAAAGAACAAGUUUUUUCGCGGCAAGAAUAAACAUAUGAACGAUAAAGUGCCUAGUGAAAAUUUGGAAUUCAGAGUGACUAGGAUGCAUGAAGAACAAAGGAGAAUUGGCAAUGGGAGGACUUCUAUAAAGAUUCAAAAUAUGAGGUAA